AAAAGCUUCAGAGCAGAACCUGAGCGGCCCACACGAUGUCCCGGUUCCUGGACCUGGAGGAGUUUGGAGACGCUGCUCGCUUCCUACGUCUCAACAACCUGGAGCAGCUGGCUGCGAGUGCCCCGGCCUUCGAUGGAACGAAGCGCAGCUGGAUGCCCGAUCCCGUGGAAGCGUACGUGGAGGUAGAGGUCAAAGAGCUGAAUGGAGACCAGACCACCGUGGAGACCCGGGACGGGCAGUUGCUGCUGGUGAAGGAAAGCCAGCUGCUGCCGAUGAACCCGCCCCGGUUCGACAUGAUGGAGGACGUGGCCAUGCUGACGCACCUGAACGAGGCCUCGGUGCUCUUCAACCUGCGCCGGAGAUACGCCAUGUGGAUGGUCUAUACCUACUCCGGCCUCUUCUGCGUGGCGGUCAACCCGUACAAGUGGCUGCCGGUCUACUCCGCCCAGGUGGUCGCCACGUAUAAAGGGCGUCGUCGUCUGGAAACGCCGCCUCACAUCUACGCCAUCGCCGACCACGCCUACGUGGACAUGCUGCAGAAUCAGGAGAACCAAUCAAUUUUGAUCACCGGGGAGUCGGGGGCCGGGAAAACUGUCAACACCAAGAGGGUGAUUCAGUACUUUGCCAUCAUCGCGGCUCUGAGGGAGAAAUUGAAAAAAGGAGGAUCUUUAGAGGACCAGAUCCUUGAAGCUAAUCCGGCCAUGGAGGCGUUCGGCAACGCCAAAACUAUACGCAACGAUAACUCCUCCCGCUUCGGGAAGUUCAUCAGGAUUCAUUUCGGGCCGACAGGAAGGCUGGCGUCAGCUGACAUCAACAUCUAUCUUCUAGAAAAGUCCAGAGUCGUUUUCCAGCAGCCAGAAGAGAGAAGCUACCACAUCUUUUACCAGAUCCUGUCCAAUUACAAGCCAGAGCUACAAGACCUGCUGUUGGUGACCAGCAACCCCCUGGACUACCACUUCUGCUCCCAGGGCGUGACCACCGUGGAGGGCAUGGACGACGGAGAGGAGCUAAAGCUCACGGAUCACGCCAUGGACACGCUGGGCUUCACCCCCGAGGAGAAGUACGGCUGCUAUAAGAUCGUUGGAGCCAUCAUGCACUUUGGAAACAUGCGCUUCAAGAAGAGGCCGAGGGAGGAGCAGGCGGAGGCCAACGGCACCGAGAGUCUGGAUAAAGCCGCCUAUCUGAUGGGCCUCAACUCUGCCGACCUCCUGAAGGGCCUCCUGAACCCCCGCGUCAAAGUGGGAAACGAGUUGAUAAUCAAAGGACAGACAGUCGAACAAGUCAUCUUCGCGGCGGCCGCUCUGGCCAAAGCCACGUACGACCGCAUGUUCAAGUGGUUGGUGAGUCGCAUCAACUCGUCCUUGUACACCGCUCUGCCUCGCCAGUACUUCAUCGGAGUGCUCGACAUCGCCGGCUUUGAGGUCUUUGAGUUCAACAACUUUGAGCAGCUGUGCAUCAACUUCACAAACGAGAAGCUGCAGCAGUUCUUCAACCACCACAUGUUCGUCCUGGAGCAGGAGGAGUACAUGACCGAGGGGAUCGAGUGGACCUUGAUAGACUUCGGUCUGGACCUCCAGGCCUGCAUAGACCUCAUCGAGAGGCCCAUGGGUAUUCUGUCCAUCAUGGAAGAGGAGUGCAUGUUCCCCAAGGCCACCGACAACAGCUUUAAAACCAAACUCUACGACAACCACUUUGGAAAGUCGGCCCACUUCCUGCGGGCGCGUCCGGACAAAAAGCGGCAACACGAGACGCACUUUGAGUUGGUUCACUACGCCGGAGUGGUGCCGUACAAUAUCACGGGAUGGCUGGACAAGAACAGAGAUCCUCUGAAUGAGACGGUGGUGGCUCUGUUCCAGAAGUCCUCCCACAAGCUCAUGGCUGGCCUGUUUGAGGACUACAUCAGCUCAGACAUAGCCAUGGAUCCGAAGGCUGAAGGGAAGCACAGAAAGAGGAAAGCAGCUUCCUUCCAGACCGUUUCACAGUUACACAAAGAGAAUCUGAAGAAGCUGAUGGCUAAGCUGCGCAGCACGCAGCCUCACUUUGUCCGCUGCAUCAUCCCCAACCACACCAAGAGUCCAGGUCUGAUGGAUGCCUUCCUGGUCCUGCACCAGUUGAGGUGUAACGGAGUCCUCGAGGGGAUCAGGAUCUGCAGGAAGGGCUUUCCGAAUCGCAUCCUGUACGCAGAGUUCAAACAACGUUAUCGCAUCUUGAGUCCUGCUGCCAUCCCAGAGGACUCGUACGUGGACAGCAGGAAGGCCGUGGAGAAGCUGCUCUGCUCUCUGGACAUCGACCACAGCCAGUACAAGUUUGGCCACAAUAAGGUGUUCUUCAAGGCGGGGCUGUUGGGUCUGUUGGAGGACAUGAGGGACGUCCGUCUGUCUGAGAUCCUCACCGUCGUCCAGGCCAUGGCCCGAGGGAAGCUGAUGAGGAUGCAACGGGAAAAGAUGGUGCUGGAAAGGGACGCUGCAAUGGUGGUCCAGUUCAACAUCACCGCCUUCUUCUCUGUGAGGACUUGGCCCUGGAUGAUGCUGUUCUAUAAGCUCCGCCCCCUGCUCCGCAGCGCCCAGGUGGAGAAAGAACUGGCCACUCUCAAAGAAGAGUUCAACACGUUAAAAGAGGCCUUCGACAGGUCGGAGGUCAAGAGGUGUGAGGCUGAGGAGCGGCAGGUGCUUUUGGUUCAGGAGAAAAGCGACUUGGCCCUGCAGCUCCAGACGGAGCAGGACACCCUGCUGGACGCAGAGGAGCGCUGCAGCCAGCUGCUCCACGCCAAGGUCUCCAUGGAGGCCCGGCUGAUGGAGAUGCAGGAGCGUCUGGAGGACGAGGAGGAGGUGACGGCCGCGCUGACCUCCAGGAGUCGUCAGCUGGAGGAGGAGGUGCUCUCCCUGAAGAGAGACGUGGACGACCUGGAGACGACUCUGGCCAAAGUGGAGAAGGAGAGACACGGCGUGGAGAACAAGGUGAAGAACUUGACCCGGGAGAUGAGCGCCCUGGACGAGUCCAUGGCGUCUCUGAGCAGAGAGAAGGCCGCCCUGCAGGACGCCCACCAGCAGGCUCUGGCCGACCUUCAGGCGCAGGAGGACAAGGUCAACAUGCUGGUCAAGGAGAAAGUGCGGCUGGAGCAGCGAGUGGACGAUGUAGAAAGCUCCUUGGAGCUGGAGAAGAAGAUGCGUUUGGAUCUGGACCGGGUCAAACGGAAGCUGGAGGGGGAUCUGAAGCUGUCCACGGACUCCGUGAAGGACCUGGAGAACCAGAAGGACGAGCUGGAGGAGAAGCUGAAGAAGAGAGACGCCGAGUGGGCUCAGCUCCAGUCUCAGGUGGAGGACGAGCAGAGCGUGGUCACCGCUCUCCAGAGGAAGAUCAAAGAGCUUCAGAUCCGCAUGGAGGAGCUGCAGGAGCUGCUGGAGGCGGAGCGAGCGUGGCGCUCCAAAGCCGAACGUCAGAGGAACGACAUCACCAGGGAGCUGGAGGACCUGGGGGAGAAGCUGGAGGAGGCCGGAGGAGCCUCGGCCGCUCAGAUCGCUCUCAACAGGAAGAGGGAGGCAGACUUCCUGAAGAUGCGGCGGGAGCUGGAGGAGGCGGGGCUUCACCACGAGGCGACGGCAGCCGCGCUGAGGAAGAAGCACUCGGACAUGGUGACGGAGCUCAGCGAACAGAUCGACGCUCUGCAGAGAGCCAAACAGAAGCUGGAGAAGGAGAAGGUGGAGUUCAGGCUGGAGGCCGACGACCUGGCUGCUAACGUGGAGCAGCUGAGCAGGAGCAAAGGAGCGGUGGAGAAGAUGUUCAGGGUGUAUGAGGAUCAGCUGAAUGAAAGCAGGAGCCGAGCGGAGGAGCUGCAGAGACAGCUGACCGACGCUUCUGCUCAGAAAGCCCGAGCGCUCACAGAAACUGCCGAGUACAGCCGCCGCCUGGAGGAGCGUGACGCUACGAUUGGCCAGCUCCAGCGUUCCAAAGCCGGCAUUUGCCAGACCUCUGAAGACGUGAAGAGGCAGCUGGAGGAGGAGAGCAAAGCUCGUGUGGCGCUGGCUCACGCGCUGCAGGCAUCCCACCACGACAGCAGUCUGCUCCGGGAGCAGCUGGAGGAGGAGCAGGAGGCCAAAGCCCAGCUGCAGAGGGAGCUCUCCAAGGCCAACGGCCAGGUGUUCCAGUGGAGAUCCAGGUACGAGACGGACGCCGUGCUGAGGAUCGAGGAGCUGGAGGACGCCAAGAUCAAGUUGGUGGUCAAACUGCAGGCGGUGGAGGAAGCGGCGGAGUCGUCUCAGGCCAAAUGCUCCUCGCUGGAGAAAACCAAACUGAGUCUGCAGACGGAGAUCGAAGAGCUGCUGGUGGAACUGCAGCGAGCCAACGGCGCCGCUCUGGUUCUGGAGAAGAGGCAACGCAGCUUCGACAAGUUGCUGAGCGAUUGGAAGCUGAAGUUUGAGGAGAGUCAGACGGACCUGGAGGCGUCGCAAAGGGAGUCGCGCAGUCUGAGCACCGAGCUCUUCAAACUGAAGAACUGCUAUGAAGAAGCUCUGGACCAACUGGAGACGGUGAAGCGGGAAAAUAAAAACCUGCAAGAGGAGAUACUGGACCUCACGGAUCAGAUCAGUCAGGGAGGAAAGACCAUCUAUGAGCUGGAGAGGAUGAGGAAGAUCCUGGAUGUGGAGAAGAGUGAUAUCAAAGCAACUCUGGAGGAAGCAGAGGGAACUCUGGAGCACGAGGAGAGUAAGACUUUGAGAUUCCAGAUGGAGCUGCAGCAGAUAAGGACCGAGAUCGAGCGCAAGAUUGCAGAGAAAGAUGAGGAGAUCGACAACCUCAGGCGAGACCAUCAGCACUCCCUGGAGACUACGCAGGCCAGUUUGGAGGCGGAGGUUCGUGGUCGCAAUGAGGCGGUGCACCGGAAGAAGAAGAUGGAGUCCGACCUGAACGAGAUGGAGGUUCAGCUGGGACACGCCAACAGACAGGCAGCCGAGAGCCAGAGGGCCAUCAGACACCUCCAGACACAGGUUAAAGAGCAACAGGUGGGCCUGGAGGGCAAAGUCCAGCUGGCCAAUCAGCUCAAAGAGCAGCUCGUCUUGCUGAACCGGCGCUGCUCACUGAUGUCCACUGAGGAGGACGAGCUGCGUGGGAUUCUGGAACAAACGGACCGCGGGCGCAAGAUGGCCGAACACGAGCUGGUGGAGGUCAGGGAGAGACUGAACCUGCUCGCCACACAGAACUUCGAUCUGGUGAGCCAGAAGAAGAAGCUGGAAGCCGACGUGUUUCAUCUGACGGGGGAGGCGGAUGACUUCAUGGAGGAGAGUCGCAGUGCUGAGGAGAAAGCCAAGAAGGCCAUCACUGAUGCGGCUCUGAUGGCGGAGGAGCUGAAAAAGGAGCAGGACAGCGGCUGCAUGAUGGAGAGGAUGAAAAAGAGCAUGGUGUCCACGGUGAAAGAGCUGCAGGGGAAACUGGAGGAGACGGAGCAGACGGCGCUGAAGGGAGGAAAGAAGCAGCUUCACAAGAUGGAGACCAGAGUGAGGGAGCUGCAGACGGAGCUGCUGAUGGAGCAGAAGAGGAGCAACGAGUCUCAGAAAGGAGUCCGUCACUACGAGAAGAGAGUGAAGGAUCUGGUGGACCAGUCGGAGGAGGACAGGAAGACUCUGCUGAGGAUGCAAGAGCUCAUCGAGAAGCUGCAGUCCAAAGUCAAGAGCUACAAGAGACAAGCGGAGAACGCUGAGGAGCAGGUGAGCUUCAGCACGGUGCGUUUCAGGAAAGUCCAACACGAGCUGGACGACGCCGAGGAGAGAGUCGACGUCGCCGAGACGAACGUCAACAAGCUGCGGAUUCGAACCCGCGAUCAGUCCAGCAAGGUGGCCCUGAUCAUGGACUGAAGCUCCUCCCACAUUGUCAGUGUGUGUCGGUUGCUGUGUUUCAGUGGGUCUCUGUAGUCCAGGAUCAAGGGGGGACGCGUGAAUCUCGAGGGAAGCCAGGUUGUUCAAGAGCUGUACGUAGUACUGGUACAGGUUCAUAGUACUAAAGUAUACAGGUUCAUAGAACUAAAGUAUACAGGUUCAUAGUACUAAAGUAUACAGAUUCUUUCUAAAAGUACUUUAAUUUUAAUUUAGUAUAGCAUUUAAAUACAAGUCCUCCAUUUUUUUAGACAUUAAAAGAUGAUUAUUUUAGUCUGGUGAUGUAGAAAAUACAAUGACCUUAUUAAAGCAGUUGUUAUAUUAAAAUAUUAAAUUAUAACUUUACAUUCAUUUUCAGUGGAUAGAAUUUUCUGUACAGAUUUUCUGUUAAUUUUGACAAAUUCCCAUCAGAUUUUGUAGACAUUCAGGGUUCCCAAAUAAUGUACUCUAAUUACAGUGGUAAUACUGUUAUUCUCCUCUAGCGCCACCAUGAGGAUGACAUUUGUGGAUGUUUUUCAACAAGUUUUGGAAAGAUUACAAAUGUUGUUCACACAUGCAUGUUCCCCUCAAGAUGAAUUGUAAUAACUCUGGUGCCACUUUUAUGUUUUAUUAAGCCUCAUCAUUGGAUCAACAUUGUGCAAUAAAAUAAAUAAAUAUAACGACAUUGCCACCAGCA